AUGAACAAACAAAAUCUAACAGUGCUAACAGAAUUCAUCCUAAUGGGAAUCACAGACCAUCUUGCGCUGCAGGUUCCCUUCGUUGGGCUCUUCCUCAUCAUCUACACAGUCUCAGUGGUGGGCAACCUGGGCAUGAUCAUCCUCACCAAGGUGGACUCCAGGCUCCAAACACCCAUGUACUUCUUCCUCAGACACCUGGCUUUCAUUGACCUUGGUUAUUCAUCAGCUGUGGGACCCAAAAUGUUAGUAAAUUUUGUAGCUAAUCAAAAUACAAUUCCCUAUAACUGGUGUGCUACACAGCUACCUUUCUUCAUCUUGUUCAUCAUCAGUGAGCUAUUCAUUCUGUCAGCAAUGGCCUAUGACCACUUUGUAGUCAUCUGUAACCCUCUGCUCUACAUGAUUGUUAUGUCACAGAGGGUGUGCUGGGUGCUGGUAGCAGUCCCUUAUGUCUACAGUGCCUUUCUUUCUCUGACAACCACCACAAAGAUAUGUAUGUCAUCCUUCUGUGGCCAUAAUGUCAUUAGACAUUUUUACUGUGACAGUCUUCCCUUGUUAACUUUGCUGUGCUCAAGCACACGUGAGAUUGAGUUGAUAAUACUGAUCUUUUCAGCAUUCAAUUUGGUUUCCUCCCUUGUGAUAGUGCUUGUGUCCUACCUCCUGAUCCUAAUGGCCAUCCUCAGGAUGAACUCUGCAGAGGGCAGGCACAAGGCCUUCUCCACCUGUGGAUCUCACCUGACAGUGGUCAUUGUAUUAUAUGCAACACUAUUCUUCAUGUAUGUGCAGCCCAAAUCCAGUCAUUCCUUUGAUACUGAUAAAAUUGCCUCUGCAUUUUACACUUUGAUAAUACCUAUGCUGAAUCCCAUGAUCUACAGCCUGAGGAACAAAGAUGUAAAAGGUGCCCUGCAUAGAAUAUGGAAAAAUCUGCACAAAUUGCCUAUAUAG